AUGGACCUCUACACAACUGUUUCUCCUCUUCUGCUGCUGCUGCUGCUUCUGGGUCUCUGCGGCGCUCAACUCGACAACAGCUCUGGGGAUCAAUCUGGCGACGAGGACAUUAGCACAACCAUCCUCAGAAUGAACAGCGGAUUUAGCGACUUUCUGAUGGAAGGAGACUUGCUGCCUCCCAAAACCAGGACCGCCAUGAAGUGCUUAAACGACGCCAAUUCCUGUCUGUGGCCAAAGUCUGCCAACGGGAAAGUGGAAAUCAAAUACACCAUAAGCAACAAAUACGAUCGCAGCGAGAGGAACGCCAUCAUACGCGCAAUGAGAGACUUUGAAUCGCAAACCUGCAUCCGCUUCAUUCCGCGGAAAAGAGGCGAGAGAAUCUACCUCAGCAUCGAGCCGCGCUACGGCUGCUUCUCCAUGCUGGGUCGCAUCGGAGACAGGCAGGUGGUGUCGCUGCAGAGGUUCGGCUGCAUCGAUCACGGCAUCAUCCAGCACGAGCUGAUGCACGCCAUAGGCUUCCACCACGAACACACCCGCAGCGACCGCGACCAGUACGUCAAGAUCCACUGGGAGAACCUGGACGACUACGUUAAGAACAACUUCCACAAGAAGGACACAAACAAUCUCAACCUCCCGUACGACUACAGCUCCAUAAUGCACUAUGGAAGAACCGCCUUUGGAAGGUUUGGAUCACAAACCAUAACUCCCAUCCCCGACCCGUCCGUUCCCAUCGGCCAGAGGGCAGCCAUGUCUGAAGUGGACAUUCUCAGGGUCAACCUGCUCUACAAGUGUCACCUCAGAGACGACUGA